UGGGCAGCUGUGUAUGAGCGGUUGAAGAAGCACGACGAGGCUAUGAUCACUGGUCACUCAGGAGACAUAGACAGCCUGUUGAUACUGGCUGGCCUGUUCUCUGCGGUCCUCACCUCCUUUCUGGUUCAGGUUUAUACGCAACUUCAGCCUGCCAAUACACCUAUGUCAACGGCGAUAGCCCUCGAUCUCUCCAGGAGUAUAGUUGAACGACUGUCACUCCCGUCGACAUCUGAAAUUUUUGCUGCGACCAGCAUUCCUGCGGUGUCACCCUCCAUGGUAGCCAUAAACGCGCUCUGGUUCAUGAGCCUCGUCCUUUCCCUUGGAUCAGCAUUAUUGGGCAUUUCCGCGAAACAAUGGCUGCGGCAAUAC